UUGAUCAUCUCUACUGACAGGAAGUAGUGAGUCUUAUUGUGGAGAGUUGACCAGAUAAAGGGUGUGUGUGUGCGUGUGCAUGUGUACGUGUGUGUGUGUGUGUGUGUGUAUGUGUAUAUGUGCGUGUGUGUGUGUGUCAAAGUCCAGUCCAGUCCAGACUGCAGCUGUGUGUGUGGAAAACAUGGAGGAACAGAAGAAGAAGAUUCUGUGUGUUGGUCUGGUGUGUCUCGACAUCAUCAACGUGGUCGACAAGUACCCAGAAGAAGACACUGAUACCAGAUGUUUGUCACAACGUUGGCAGCGAGGAGGAAACGCAUCGAACUCCUGCACGGUGCUGUCACUGCUGGGAGCUUCGAGCGCCUUCAUGGGUUCACUCUCUGCUGGACCUGUGGCUGAUUUUAUUUUGGAGGAUUUUCAGAAGUUCCAUAUCGAUGUGUCUUUGGUGUCUGAGCACGCUCAGUGUGUCCUUCCAGCCUCUGUGGUCAUCAGCAACAUCAGCACAGGAAGUCGCACCAUACUGCACAUGAACAGUUUCAUCAUGGCAGACUUCUCUCAGCGAAUGGUCGAUGUCUCAGCAGUGGUUUGGCAGGUCGAAGGUCAAACCCCGUGUGCGUGUUGUGUUGUUUGUCCGUCCAGCGGAUCUCGAACCGUCAUUCUCUCUGACAUGAACCUUCCUGAUGUCACAGCGGAGGAUUUCUCCAAAGUCGACCUUCGUCAGUUCAAGUGGAUCCACUGGGAGGGCCGAAACGCCGAGGAGCAGGUGAAGAUGAUCCAGCAGGUGGUGAUGUACAACAGCACGUUGCCACAGCAACAGAGAAUCACCAUCUCUGUGGAGAUAGAGAAGACCAGAGAGCCACUGUAUCAGCUGUUUCCUCAUGGUGACGUGGUGUUUGUCAGUAAGGACGUGGCUCGUCACUUCGGUUUCCAGACAGCUGACUCUGCUCUGAGAGGACUCUACAGUCGAGUCAGACCGGGGGCUGUUCUGAUUUGUGCCUGGGCAGAAAAAGGAGCGGACGCUUUGUGUCCUGACGGUUCAGUCGUUCAUUCAGAUGCUUUUCCUCCUGAAUCUCUGGUGGACACUCUGGGAGCCGGGGACACGUUCAACUCUGCUGUCAUCUACACACUGUCCAACGGUGGGACCGUUCAGGAUGCUCUGACCUUUGGCUGCAGAGUCGCUGGCAGGAAGUGUGGUUUCCAUGGUUAUGACGGCAUUGCUGCAGAGUUCUGCUCCUGACAUGGAUCAGAGAACUGAGGUUACAGUGAGAGGUUAUUCCCACUGUAAGAAACAAGGAAAUAAAAACACUGAAAUGAAAAUAAAGUGCUGAUUUUGAUCAGAGAUCAAACUAAAAAGUGAAGCUUCAUAAAAACUGUGACAUCAACAAAUGUUUACAACCUGAAAUUAACUGUUUUUUAGUUUAUAAUUAACUGAUAUAUAACGAUUAAUAAACAUGAUUGAUAACUGAUAGAUUGAUAAUCGAUUGUCAGCCGCUGAUGAUAAUCCGACGGUUCAGUUUUAAUGUACUGAGAUUAAAUGAAGUCACUUUUUUUUAAAAAACGAGUUUGUUCCUGACUUUUUUGCCUGAUGAAAAUAAAGUUUGUUUCACUGAUUAAUAAACAACUGUUUACCAAUUUGUACUUAAUUGUGCAGCCGGUGAAAUAAGUCUGUGGUGACUGCAUGGUGGACUGUCGCUUCACAGGCACAGCCGACUCUGCCUUCUGAUCUGACAGUAUGUUGCUCCAUCGUUUCCUGCUCUCCAUGGAUGCUUCCAGUAGCUUUUUAACAAGCUCUCAGACCUGCAAGACAAAAGGUAUAUUUUAGGGCCCAACUCCUAAUUAGAAAACUAACAUUACAAAUAGGCUACGUUAAGCGUCACAAUUUGUGAGGAAGUGAGUUUCAGUCUCUACUUCUCCUGUAUCACAGUGGACACAAAUUCUUUUUGUUCUUUCUUGCCACUCUCUUCUAUGGCAACCAGUUUCAAGUUUAUGCUCACUGAGUCUAUAUUUUGUAAGAGUUUGUCUUUUUGGGGAGGGGGGGUUUAUUUGGGUUAAAUAUUGGGCCAAUUGAAAUUCUCUGUCCAGUAAAUUAUAACAUUCUAGUUUAUUGAUUGUUUGAGUUUCUGUUUUCCACUGUUUGCAAUAUUUUUGUUUAUUAUCUUUGUUGAUUUGUUUUAUUUGUGAGUAUGGAAUUAUUUUUGUAGUGUCAUUAUGACUUGUCAAUCUGAUUUCCUCAUUUGUCCCGUUCCAGGUAUUAUUUUCUGCGUUCAAACAGCCCUGCUGCUCCAAGUAUGCUCUGUGCUGGUAUGAGUCUAAAUCAGACUCUAUCAAGUGGUUCCAAAAUUUGAUAGUUCUCUUUUUAAUUUUAAUUACAGUAAGAGGGGGAACUGGUCCAGCUCUGCUCUGCAGCCGUGGUUUGGGCAGUUUCUGUGGACUCUCAGUAUAUUUUUCUAGUAUAUUCUCUCUCUCUCUCUCUCUCUCUCUCUCUGUCUCAUUGUGUCAUGUGGAUUACUGUUAAUUUAUUAUGUUGAUCUGUUCUGAACGACAUCUAUUGCAUGUCUGUCCGUCCUGGAAGAGGGAUCCCUCCUCAGUUGCUCUUCCUGAGGUUUCUACCGUUUUUUCCCUGUUAAAGGGUUUUUUGGGGAGUUUUUCCUGAUCAGCUGUGAGGGUCAUAAGGACAGAGGGAUGUCGUAUG